ACUGGACGCGGUAACGUUGCCGCGUCCAGUGGGCAGGAGCCAUCAGAGUCAGAAAAGAAAAACGGUACCGAAGACCAAGUUAUUCCAGAAGAACCUAUAAAAGUUGAGAAUCUGCCUUCUUCGCCAUCUUCACCUCCAACUACUUCAACACCUACCAAAAAUUUCGGAGAAUCUGUAAAAGUUGAAAAUUUCUCUUCAGAAUCAUGUUCGUCUCCAGCUGAUAUUUAUCACAAUUACGUUUGGUCAGAAUAUGAUAUUAAAUCUGAAGGUUCCCCUUCACCUUCAGAUGAUAAAUCCUCAGAUGACAAAUAAAGACUUGCUAUCACUAAAGUUACAGCAAAACUGUCCCUCUUCGACUACUUUCUUAAUCAACAAAGAGUACUUACAAUGAUAUAAUUUCACAAUUUUGUAUUAUAUAGUUCUGUAUACCAUAUUCAAGCAAUUAUAUUAAACCCAUUAAGAAAAGAUAAAAAUUGCAUUUUGUAACAUUAUAUACAAGAAAUACAUUAAGAUGUUAUAAGUUUCACAGCCUUUACUUGUGUCUUGUUUAAUUACUAUGGAUUGGAUUAUUUGAAAUGGAAUAAUAUUACAUUCACAUUGUUUAAAUUCUCAAACUGAAAUAUAAAUAUUGGUGGGUUACCACUACAUAACGCAAUUCUUCUAGUAAUAUAUAUUUUGUCUAUCAUUGUGCACAUUUCAUUGUGCAUUAUACUUAAUUUCUCUCCUUUCUCCCUUCUAAUAUUCAAUAUUAAUUCUUAUUCCCAAUAUUUUGCCUCUGUUGCGUGCCGGUCCUUAAGUCGUAAUUUGUUUUAGGGAUUUUCGCACAAACUGGACCAAUACAAACAGGGUACAUGUGUAUGCACCUUAAGUGUCGAUACGUGUGCGGAUCAUAUCACAUUUGUUUUGGGUAGCGUGGAAUAAACAUACUUUGUUUUGAUUUCAGUCUACCUCAAAGUCUUCAUGUUUACACAGAAUUUUUCUGCGAUUUCUAAAUUUUUAAAAUGGCACCAAACAAUAAGAAGGUGGAGAGAAAACGCGUGUUCUUGAGUGUGGCGCAGAAAUUACAACUAAUCGAGAAGUUGGAACAAGGCACCUCAGUGACGGAUGUUUGUAACAUGUAUGGCAUGCACCCAGAGACUGUCUCAAAUAUCAGGAAAUCAAAGCCCAAAUUACAAAAGUUUUUUUUAACACACAAUAGUCAUAGCUCUAAAUUACAUGCUUCUACAGUAGGGAAUAAAAGACGCAUGGAAUUUAGGCCAUAUGCAAAUUUAGAUACAGCUCUGUAUAAGUGGUAUAGUCAACAAAGAUCCAGUGGUAUUAAUGUACAACAGCUCCAGUUGAGAUCGGAGUUUAAUGCUCUUCUAACACGUAUGGGACUCAGUAUCAAGGAUACUACUCAGUGGCUGUAUCGUUUUAAAAAGAGACAUGGCAUUAUGGAUUCUUUGCGCGAGACACCCUGUAGUGAACCUUCAGAUGCAGAAAAGAAAAACAGUACCGAAGACAAAGUUAUUCCAGAAGAAUCUAUAAAAGUUGGGAAUUUGUCUUCACCGUCAUUUUUACCUGCCACUGCUUGUACACGUCACGACAUUUCCAAAUUAAAUGCUUCUGCAAUAUGGAAUGAAAAACGCCUUAAACUUGGGCCAAAUAUACAUUUAGAUAAAGCUCUAUAUAUGUGGUAUAUUCAACAGAGAACCAGCGGUACUAAUGUACAAAGGCGCCAGAUGAAAUCUGAGUUAAAUGCUCUUUUAACACGUAUGAGACUCAAUAUCAAGGAUACUAAUCAGUGGCUGUAUCGUUUUAAAAAGAGACAUGGCAUUAUGUUUUCUUUGAGCGAGGAACCCUGUAGUGAAUCUUCAGAGUCUGAAAAGAAAAACAGUAACGAAGACCAACUUAAUCUAGAAGCAUCUAUAAAA